GCAGCGGCCAGGAGAGGGAGGAGGAGAGUCGACAGUCAUCUGAUUCUUUUCCUGUCCCACCCUCUACCGGACAGACGGAAAGAGUUCACGGUAAACGGGCUCGACACACCGCCUUCGGGAGCGUUUCUGAUCCGAGCGAAUGAAGAAGAUCGACGCGCAGCGGAAGAAAAGACGCGACGCCAUUAAAGCAGCGAGACGCGAUCAGCUGAGCGCCUCUUCCUGACACAGACGCCGAGAAACAAAGUUCCAGAAGCUGAGCAGAAGUUCAGAAACCGCCGAAAGGAGCCCCGCGAUGCUCGGUCCGGACGGAGAAACCUGACGACGCGACGCAGGCGAGCGCGAGAGAGCGUUUCUGAGCGCGUUUGGCCGAGACUUGAAUUGGCUUUUCCUGCUAUUCUUCUUCUGAGCGCUUCCUGCUCGGGCAAAACCACAGCGAAGCAGCAGCUAAAAAUACUGAGCUCUCAAUGGAGCGCUGAACUGAGUCCUGCUCAACUCUCCUGGACUGAUGCGUCUCCGCUUCCACCAGACACUUGGAGCUUUAGAAGGACUUUGAGAUCUCGCUAAGUCAUGCUUUCGUCUCUUUGAACCCGUGUGACGUUUGUGACUGGUGUUUUCAGAGUAUGCUGGAAGAAACGCUCUUGAAGUGACCACCCGUCACCGAUCUGGACCUUGGAGCGUCCAUUUACUCUACAUGAGGAUUGAUGUCUGAUGGAGACACGUCCACCGAUGAUUCGGACGUACAGAGAUCUGGGGGAGAGAGGGGUCGUGACGUACCCACCUGAACUUCAACAACACACUUCAUCUGAUUUCAACCCAAGCGCCUUGUAAACUCUCCAUGGAGCCGCUGAAGAACAUAUUCUCCCGCGGCCCGGUGUCCGCCUGGAAGAGUCUGGAUCAGACUCAGAAGGGUAACUUCACCAACCCGGUUUGGACCGCUUUGUUCGACUAUGAGGCUUCGGGGAAGGACGAACUCACGCUGCGUAAAGGAGACCUGGUGGAGGUCCUGUCUCUGGAUUCGGAGAUAUCCGGAGACGAAGGAUGGUGGGCGGGAAAGGUCAACAACAAGGUGGGAAUCUUCCCCUCCAACUAUGUCUCCUUCAAGCCCAGUGGAUACGGUGAGCUGCAGGGCUCGGGUCUGGGACCGGCCGUGGUGAGCGAGCUGGAGCCGGACACGGUGGACUUCAGCGAGCUGAGUCUGGAGGAGGUCAUCGGGGUCGGCGGCUUCGGGAAGGUCUACCGAGGGACCUGGAAGGGCGAGUUGGUGGCCGUGAAAGCGGCCCGUCAGGAUCCAGACGAGGACAUCAGUGUCACAGCACAGAACGUCCAGAACGAAGCCAGGCUCUUCGCCAUGCUCAAGCACCCCAACAUCAUCGCACUCAUCGGUGUGUGCCUGCAGGAGCCCAACCUGUGUCUGGUCAUGGAGUACGCGUCCGGUGGCCCGCUGAGCCGUGCUCUGGCCGGACGGAGGAUCCCGCCACAUGUGCUGGUCAACUGGGCGGUGCAGAUCGCCCGAGGGAUGCAGUACCUACACAACGAGGCCAUCGUCCCCGUCAUCCACCGAGACCUCAAGUCCAACAACAUUCUGCUGGCAGAGCCUGUGGAGCAGGACAGCAUCGAGGGUAAAACCCUGAAGAUCACAGAUUUCGGUCUGGCACGUGAAUGGCACAAGACGACGAAGAUGAGCACCGCGGGAACCUACGCCUGGAUGGCCCCGGAGGUCAUCAAAUCCUCCACCUUCUCCAAGGGCAGCGACGUCUGGAGUUAUGGGGUGUUGUUAUGGGAGCUGCUGACCGGAGAGGUUCCCUACAGAGGGAUCGAUGGUCUGGCCGUGGCUUACGGAGUCGCUGUGAAUAAACUGACCCUUCCGAUCCCGUCCACCUGCCCGGAGCCCUUCACACAGCUCAUGUCCGAGUGCUGGGAUCAGGAUCCGCACCGCAGGCCCAGCUUCUCCUCCAUCCUGCAGCAGCUGAUGGCUCUGGAGGAGCAGGUGAUGCACGAGAUGCCGCAGGACUCCUUCCAUUCGCUCCAGGAGGACUGGAAACUGGAGAUCCAGGACAUGUUUGACGAGCUGCGGGCCAAAGAGAAGGAGCUGCGGUGUCGUGAGGAGGAGCUGAAGCGUGCGGCGCUGGAGCAGAAGUCUCAUGAGGAGUUCCUCCGUCAGCGCGAGCAGCAGUUAGCGCAGUGGGAGCAGGACGUGUUCGAGCGUGAGCUAUCACUGCUCAUCAUGCACCUCAACCAGAACCAGAAACCCAACGUCAAGAAGCGCAAGGGAACCUUCAAGAAACACAAGCUGAAGGGGAAGAACGGAGAGAAGAUCAGCAUGCCACAGGAUUUUAUCCAUAAGAUCACGGUCCAGGCGUCUCCGUGUUUGGAGAAGAGGCGUAAUUCUCCGGAUAUGGGCUCGCCGUCCAUCGGUCCGCGCUUCCGAGCGAUACAGCUGGGUCCCAGUGAGAGUAAGUGGAGCUCGGUUUGGCCGCUGGAGUCUCUUCCUCUCAAGCAGACCAAUGGAGAGAGGAAAUUCACUCCUCAUCUGAGCCCCAAAAGCCCCAAGAGUCCAAAGAUCCUCCGUCUGAGCACACAGGAGAACAGUCUGUCAAUGAGAGCCAAACUCCUGGAGGUGGACAGUAACGAGGAUUCGAGAGCUGAUUUUGAGGAGUACAUACCCAUCACACCUGAGCCCAGCCACAAUGAGGGCUCAGAGAGUGAGGAAGGUGGCUUGUCUCCGUGCAGUUCUCCCAAACCGGAUCAGUCCGGGCCGGUCAGUCUGGGGAAGAGCACACACCGCGCUCUGCUCAGCAGCGCCGCCCUGCUGGCGUCUGUGGCUCUGGGUCACUGUCUGGAGCCGCAGCUCCCGCCCACACCGCCACCGCGGGUCUCCUCACGGACACAGCUGUCCACGCUGGAGCUGGAGCCGGAGCCGGAGCCGGAGCCGGAGCCUGACCGCUCUCCAGGUCCAGAGGUGGUGGGGGAUCUGAUCACCUUCAGCACAGACUCACUGCCUCGAGGCUUUCUGGACUCACUGAAGCCGCCCGAGAUCAAGCCCCUGCCGCUCACGCCUCCACCGCCCAACCCACGGGACAGAGAGCGGCCGGGGCGCAGGACUGCCCCCCACUGGAGCGCACACGCUAACGGAGACGCCGAGGUGCCCCAGCAGAGCGGAGAGCGCAGGAGGAGGUCCAGCUACGGACUCAACUCAUCACAGCUCAUCUUGGAUCUCCCGCUGUGUCAGGACACGUUUGAGGCCGAGGACAAGUCUCUGCUGCCGUUCGCCCUGUAUCCUGACCCUCGCUUGUGGAGCCCAAAAACCCGGCGUCUGGAGGUCAACAUCAUCCCUCGGCCGCGUCCGUCCCCUAACCGACCCCGCAUCGACCCGUGGAGCUUCGUUUCGGCCGGCGUGACGGACAGAGCGGCCGCCAAGAGGGUCAUCAGCAGCCCCACGAGCCCUCGACUGGCCUACCAGCCCUCGCCCACAAACCCCUUCACAAACUGUGACCCCUUCCCUUCCCCGGACUGUGACCCCUUUAAUCUGAGGGUCGACCCUUCCAUGAACUCGGACCACGCCUCGACCUUUGACCCCUUCUCCGCCCCGUUCCCCACCUCACGCUCGGCGCCCUGCUCCACCAAUGGCAGUCCCAAUCUGUCCCUGCGGGUGGCGCCGCUGAACCCGGCCGACUCUCCGCUCUUAGACCUGAGCUGGAUGGGUGUCAGCCGGCCCCUCGACGGCCCCAAAGAGAGGGUCCAUCCUCACCGGAGCCUCGGCCUCAGUCCGUUCAGAUCCCCAGAGCCGCUCAGAGACGACCGCUUCUGAACACUGUCCCGCAAACCAAGGAGAUCUGACCCAGUGUUGACCCAGUCCUGGUGGUGUGUCGAUGGGUCAUUCAGUGUCUUCCUCUCUUGAUUGGUUGGUCUUGCUGUCUUCCAGCACUGUCUCAGGGUCUUGAUGGCCUCUAGUUGCGCUUAAGUUGAUCUGCACUCGUUGCAUUGCUUUAUUUGGUCUCAGAAGUGAUGCAGUCACUGUCAGAUGAUUUCAGAAUGAUUCCUUGUUUCAGUCUACAUUGGUCUCUGUAGGCGACAAAAGUUGCGUUAUUGUGCCUUCCAUAAUUCACGGCACACAUCCCUGAAUGAGUGGAGAAAUGUUCUGCUGACCUCGCUGGUGGUGUUUGGGCAGGAGAAGUGGGCUACGUUUCUUAAAUUAAACCUGUUGAGUCAGAGAUUGUGGGAGAUCAGCCUGAAAUGAUGAAAUCACAAAGUCCUUUUUUAGAGACCAUUGUGUUGGCUCGCCAAAUGUUGGACUGAAGAGCGUUAAGCAAUACGGAGACCUAAACAUAAACCUCAUCAUCAGUAGUUUUGUCUGGUUUUCCAGUAAUAUUUGAAUAGUCUUGGAGUCAGAUGCAUUGGGAAGAAAUCCAUUUAUAUCUCUCAAACUUCAAUCAGAUUUGUUAAUGGCUAAAACAUUUUGACAAUGCGUUGAGAUGAUGCUUGUCAGUGUUGGUGCUUCUGACAGAAUUUUAGGUGGAUUUCCAAGUACAUUAUAUCUAAAUAUUUAAUCUAAAUACAUUUACUGAAGAUGCAAACUGAAAAGUCUUGUUUUCCAAUGAAAAUGCUUAAAAUGAAAUGAAUUAAUGCUUAAAACAAGAAAGAAAUCUGUUCAUAGGGCAAGAAAACUGAACUUCCUUCAAAAGGAAAACAAGAUUAUAUUUCUUACUCCAAAUUUCGUUCUUGCUUAAGCUGCAAAUUAAAUUCAUGUUGAUUGUUUUUAUUGGAAAACAUGAUUUAAUAUCUUCAAGUCUUUUUUCUCGAGUAAAUGUGUCUUUAAGAAUGCUUAGAUAUUUGUACUGGAAAACAAGACAGAUAAAGCGAUUAGGAGCAGUGUUAAUUGAUAAUCUAUGACUAGUCCUCUGAUCUAGAACAGUUCUAGUCCUCUGAUCUAGAACGGUCUAAACUGUGGUAAUGAGAGGAUGUUCUGCAGUUCAACACAUGUUGAUUGAUGUCUCCUGCUGUUCUUUCACUGUAGAUCCAUUGGAGAUCUCAUGACUCGGGUGUGCUCUAGCUCCCCCUGCUGGUCACAUUCUCCUCUCUCAAGGGUUUCCUAACAAUCGAAGUCCUCCGGGAGGAACAAUGGCCUCCUUUGGUGUUUGGCUCCAUCACUGUGCGCUUGUAGAGCAGAGCAUAUUUACAAAUGUCAGAUUAUUUCAAGUGUCUCGUUUUUAGAUAUUUUGUGUAUUUUUUCAGAUUCUUGAUGCAAUAAUAACUACAUACAGCAGUGGAACAUAAAAUACUGAUCAGUCUGUGAAUGUCGUAGAGCCAAUCUGGUGUAAUUACCUUUUCAAACCAUCAGUUAUCAGCACCGUAACCUCAGCUAGAAUAGUGUGAAUAUGUGUUAACCUGGUUCCCGUCCAGUUUGAUCUUCCAAACGGUCAUUCUUCUCCUUCAUUCCCAUCAGAUCGCCAGCGGUUUCUCAUCAGUACAAGCAGAAAAAUAACAAUCUCACAAUUAAUGUCUCACAAUUCUGAGUUUAUGCUUGAGUUUAAAGGGAUAGUUCAUUAUUUAUAUAUGUACCCCAUUAUUUAGGCACAGUCAAGGUAUCCUAGGUCUAUAUGACUUUCUUUUUUCAGACAAAUCCAAUCGGAGUUAUAUUAACAAUGGUCCUGGCUCUUCCUAGCUUUAUAAUGACAGUGAACGGGUGUUAUUUCUCAAUAGUCCAAAAGAAGUCCAAUAAAGCGCAUCCAUCCAUCCAUCAUAAAAAGUGCCUCACACAGCAUGAUCUGCAGGAAUGAACACGCGAACAACAGUUGCCGAGGCUAGGGAUUACGCUUUAUAAAGAUUUAAAUAUGGAUAUGUUUCUUACUCAGAUGCAUUGAUCCGUGUGAGGCACUUUUUAUGAUGGAUGGAUGCACUUUAUUGGACUUCUUUUGGACUGUUUUUAAUCAUUUUUUAAUAUAACUUUGACUGGCUUCAUAUGAAAGUCACAUACACGAAUGAUGGCUUGAGGGUGAGUAAAUCAUUCUUCUGUGAACUAUCCCUUUAAGGCUCAUCUGAGAGAUAUAAACGUAGAAUUGUCAGAUAAAAAAGUAAAAAUUGCAACUACACCACUAUACUGUGGUGGAAGCUAGCUUUUUUUAAGUAAUUACAAGUCUUUAUCUCACAAUUCUGACUGUUUUUCUCACAGUUGCGAAUCUAUAUCUUGCAAUUUUAGAGUUCUUGAGUUCAUGUCUCGCGAUUAUUUUACUUUGUAUUUUUUAAGAUUUUUAUUUAUUUAUAAGUCAGAAUUGUGAGAUAAAAACUUAGAAUUGCCUUUUUUGUUCUGUAGCUGAAACAUGCUUCCAUGAAAUUGCGAGAUUUCAACUCAGAAUUCAGAUCAAAGUUGCUCAAUUUGAAUAACACAGAAUUACAAAUACAACAAAUAAAUAAGGUCUGGAAUUGGGAGAUAUUGAGGUGGGAAAAAUGUCAGAAUUGUGAGAUGUAUACGUAAAAAUUAUGAGAUAUGAAUUCAAAAUUAUGAGAUAAAAAGUUGCAAUUAGCUUUUGUUAUGUAUUUAUUUAUUUAUUAUAUCUCUGUAGUGGAAACAUAGUUUCCAUAGAUUUGUGAGAUUCUCCUCAUAGAAAGAAUAAACCAAGAACUCACGUUUAGAACUUGAAAUUGAGAGAGAUAAAUUCACAAUUGGGAUAAAAAGUCUGAAUUAUGAGAUGUAAACUUUAAAUAUAUAGAAAAAAGUGAGAUUAAAAGUUAAAAUUCUGAGAAAAGUCUGAAUUGCAUGAAAUAAACUUGAAAUUGCAAGUUUUUAUCUUUCAAUUGUGAGAGAUAAAUUCACAAUGAGUCACAACUGUGAGGUGUAAAGUUGCAGUUGUCCUGUUCAUGUUUUAAUGUUGGUGAAAACCAGCUUCCACAGAGACCAGGUGCUCCUGCUGGAGAUCUGACUUCACAAACACUGCUGACGGGUUCUGCUCAUCACUGAUGAAGAGGAUGAUGAUGUCAUGUUCUGUCAUCAUCAUCAUCAUCCGCUGCGAGUGAAUGAAGCUCAUCGCAAGCAUAGAUAUUUAUUAGCGAGGCCUUUAACACACUGGAUUCAAGAGAUUUGAAGGGUCAGAGACUCAGUCCACAUUAGGAUGCUUUAUUAUAUUUUAUAUUCAGACAUAUCUUUAGGGUUUAUUAGGUUCUUCACUGGAGUUAUGGGUGCUGCAGAGGGUCAGUGUCACAGAUUGAACAGAAUUAUCUGCACAGUUUUUCCUCUGAAUUCUUCUCUUACGCUCAUCGACCAAACACUCGUCUCAGGCUCAUGGACGUUCCCUUCACUACCGAUCUGUGUGAGGGCAAGCUUUCUCACUGAGGAGGAUUCGUGCUUUAACUGAAGCUUAUUGAGAUAUAUUGAGUUCUGGAGAAGCCUGUAUAACAUCUGUCGUGUGCGUGUGUGUAAGUGUGUGUGUGUGUGUGUGUGUGUGAGAGAGAGUGUGUGUUAUUCUCAAUGGGCUGGGCCUAAUCACUCCAUUACUCCUGUGUGUGUGUGUGUGUGUGUGAGCUCGAUCAUGAGUCUGGUGUUUCUGUGUUAAAGGGUGAAUGUUUAUUUUGCUAAUUGUAAUGGGUUUUAACCUGUGGAACUUUUAAAUUAAAAAAAAUAAUAAAAAAGAGAAAAAGACUGUAAAAAGGAGCCAGACCAAAUAAAGUUUAACACGACUCUAAA